AUGGUGCGACGAGAGAAUCCGGAGGCAGCAUUCAGGAGCCGCUCUAUGGUGAGCGAGCCAAGGGAGCGUUACGCCUUGCCUCUUAUCACCAAGAAAGGGCGUGUUGGAACUAGUUAUACUGGAGGAAUGCACAGAGGUAAGGUUGCUCGGAAGAGAAAGAACAUGAAGAAGUUGCGGCGAGAGUUGCCUCCUGGCGAGCCGGUUUCUGUUGCGGUCCAGUAA